CAACGUUUCGGGCAAUGGCCCUUCAUAGCAACAUAAUAUUGAUCCGAAAACACAUCGGAGAGCUGCAUAUACUCGACAUCACACCUGCGGAAACAUGCGCGUUCGUUUUGAGAUUCGCUCGUAAGAGGCAACGAUAACAAAACUACUUUUAAAGUUACGGUCGCGCGAUAGGAGGGUGGGCUGGGUGUGAGGUCCUCGUUUCAGCCACUCAACCGCAGCGAUCGAAGCACCGAGUUGAUUGUUUCUGCCCGGUUACCAACGGGUUCCGUUGAAAACACACACAAAAAAGCCGAGAAGAAUUUAGUUUUUCUCUUUAAAUUUGGCUAAAUUCCAGCUCUGGGAAUUACAAAUAGCGGUUUAGCGGCCACGUGAUGAAUAUUCCUCUGUGGAAGGUUACAUGGAUAAGCAGGUCACUCGAAGGGAUCUCACAAGUAGUUUUAAUUUCUGGGGCAUUACAAGGCCGUUGGGGGGGGGGGGUGAGUGGUGGCACAGCUGUUGGCACACAUCGCUAUGGACCCAACAUCAUUUGGAUCUAAGUAAACCGGUCCCGUGCACCAAACUGCACUGACCAGCGUGGUGAAGUAUGGUCAAAUUACGCUGAUCACUGAAAGUGAAAAAUGGCUGUUACAUUGGAGAGACUCAUAAUGCUGUUGUGGAACCAUAUAUAGCGUGACGCUGCACAACAGCACAUAACGCGUUUGUUAUUUAUUUAGAUGGAGACUGGGCGCAGUGGAAUCUAACAAGGCAUUGUUCAUCAGAGCGUGUUUACCCAGGGAAGCCUCACCGAGUCUCGUGCCUCUGUGUUUUUUCAGGAAAAUUCCUGCUAAGUUUUCGCAGUAGGGGGCGAUAAUUGCCAUCUAUAAUCGCGGGCAAUUUCAGAAAGUUGGCAAAAUUUGGACCUUGGUGUCGGCACGCAACGGCCCGCUCUUGCGAACGACACCACGAGAUCUCUUUAGCGGCCACGCCGGCAGUGGCGUGAGCAAGUAAUUGCAGGGCUGCGCCUUCACAUUUGAAGCAACAAUUGCACAACGUGAGACCGUGGGAAAGAUUGAUCGAGCGCAGCUUCACAAGGAUUGCCAAUCUGAUAAAUCCCGGUUAAAGUGGUGCCAAUAUGCCCCCUUUCCCAUAUCUGUAUUUUGCACAUGCCCUUAUUAAUUUGGGUACGUUACGUCGUGAAACACCGCCGCUAUUGAUGAUUUUGUGUUAUGGCUAAAGGUCUGCGUUGUGGAGGGAGAGGAGGAAUGCUUGGGGAAAGUUUCCAACUGACCUCCCUCCUCCCCCCCCCAACCAUCUCCCCCACCCCUUAUAGCUCCCUUCCAAAAACCCACCUCUCUCCCCACUGUGCAGCCAGCACCUCUCCCUCCCUCCCUCACUUGCCUCCCACUUUCCUCGCUCCAGACUCCAGGGGGUUUCAAGGAGGAGUCUGGGUAGCUCAUCCCGUCCGCUACCAACGGACAGACCCCGCCAGACACGGGCAAGACUCGGGCCAUCAACCACCACCAUCACCGCCUCUCGCUUCUACGGCGACGGUACACGGACUGCAAGUUUACAGCGCCGCGAGAAGUAUACGGCGCGUCUUGCUGCUGCUGCAGGACUCACCCGCUCUCUUCCCACUCAACCCGCACCUCCAGGGACAAAGUCGUUCCCAGGGAUGGCAUCGACUCUUCCACCCAAGGAUAGAUACUGGGCUGUGUGGCUCGCCUUCUUCGUACUUGGUGUAGGAACUCUGCUGCCAUGGAACUUCUUUAUCACUGCCAACAAGUAUUUCGAGGAGCGGUUGGCCGGCGAGGUGGAGGCGCGGGGAGGCAACUCCAGCGAGGGCCCCAGGCCCCUGACGCCGCUGCAGAGGAGUUUCAGCAACGCCAUGACGCUGUGCGCCAUGUUGCCCAUGCUCGUCUUCACCUGCCUCACGUCCUUCCUGCACGCCAGGGUGUCACAGAGAGUGCGUGUCCUCUCCGGCCUCGUCGCCAUCCUCCUCCUCUUCGUGGUCACGGCGGCCCUGGUGCGCGUCGCCUCGCUCGACUCCCGCCCGUCGCUCUUCUUCUCCAUCACCAUGGCCUCCAUCGUCCUCAUCAACUCGUUUGGCGCGGUGCUACAGGGCAGCCUGUUUGGCCUCGUGGGACUGCUGCCCGUGCCCUACACAACGGCGCUCAUGAGCGGCCAGGGCAUCGCCGGGGUCUUCGCCGCACUCUCCAUGAUCUCCGCCAUGAUUUCAGGGGCACAAGAGGAGCGAGACAGCGUGUUUGGAUACUUUGUGACCGCGUGUGUGGUCACGCUGGUGGCCAUCGUGGCUUACCUGUCCCUGUCUCACCUGGCAUUUGCCAGGUAUUACCUGACCCCCUGCAGAGACCUUGAUGGAAAUCCCGGACUCAUCUCACCAGAUGAGAGGGACCGGGAAGGGCUCUCCGGCGUCGGCGUCAUGAUGGUGGAGGAGCCUUCGCCCGCGAGCCGCUCCGCUCUCAAGAUGUCCGUGGUGCAGGUCUUCUUCAAGAUCUGGCCCAUGGCGAUCUGCGUGUGUCUCGUGUACACGGUGACCCUCGCGGUCUUCCCGGCCGUGACAGCGGGAGUUCAAUCCUCCAGCCAGGAUCCCACGUGGCGCCGGUUCUUUGUGCCCGUGUGGUGCUUCUUGUUCUUCAACAUCCUCGACUGGGCCGGGCGAAGCGCCACGGCUGUCUUCAUGAUCUCGAGCAGCUGGCUGCCACCCGUGCUCGUGUGCGCUCGCUCGCUCUUCAUCCCGCUCUUCAUGCUGUGCAACGCGAGCCCCGACAGCCGCUCCCUCCCGGUGCUCUUCCACCACGACGCCGCCUACAUCGUCUUCAUGAUCCUCUUCGCCUUCAGCAACGGAUACCUGGCCAGCCUUUUCGUGUGCUUCGGAACAAUGCGGCUGAGCGGACCCGACUCGGAGACAGCAGGAACGGUCAUGAUGUUCUUCCUUUCCCUGGGGCUCGCCCUCGGUGCUGCCUCCUCCUUUGUCUUCCGAGCAUUGCUCUGAGCAGAGGAGGAAGAAGGGCAGAGGGAGGUUUGGGCGUGGGGCCUGAGGGGUGGAGGAGGAAGAGGAGGAGGAGGUGAUGAAGACACCGCAGAUGCAAUGUGUACCCCAGGUCCAUUGUGUUCGGUUAACUGAGUAAAUAUAAUAAUUAGCACACCAUAGCCUGUUCAGUAUUAUUUCAAGUAUUUCUUCAAGAGUUGAAAGCACGUUUUAAGUACCGUGUCAACAUUACUUAGUGUACCGAAAGGUACGUGUUAGCCUUUUAGAGGAGAUGUCUGUUAGUCAAGCCGUGUCGUAUUCCAUUUCCUCUGAGGAUCGACCAGCUUAGUUUGAAUGCUUCGCUUCCGUUUUGAAAUCCUAUUUUUUUUUUACAUUACGCCCUCAAGCAGAUCACCGCAGAGUGCCUUUUUUACAGUAAUUUUAAGAGCUUACGACAGGCGAAUGCUCCACAUCUGAGCCGGCGGUGCUACCGUGAAGAGAAGCAACUGUGACCCAGAAAGGGCUUCAGUGCAACAGAGCAAUCACCCUGCGAGACACCGAGAAAGACAACGGUGAGCAUCUGUACCUGGACAGAUGGACGGAUGGACGAUGAGAUGACCAUCAGGGCGGACAUGAAUCCGCUCGACCGAGUGUCCAGGGUCGUUGUGCCGCAGCUUUGCGAGUCAACCAAAGGAUGUCAAAUACAAAAUGUGCCCUUCUAACUUAGGCGAUGUCGGUUUUUAUAUCAUGUCGGGAAGAGAGCGAGAGAGAGUUGAAACAGCUGUAAUGUGGAGUGUGGCUGCUUAACCCAUGGUCAUCGACAUUAUCAACAAGGAAAGUGUGGCGAGAAACUUGCUCGCUCUGUAAAUGUAAUCUCACUAGCUCACAUUACCUGCUGAGCUUGAAGCCAAGGCGAUUAUGAGCUGGAAAAUGAAAACAUACCGAAGGACACUUGCUACCGAGCUCCGUUGAGCCACUGUCCAGUUAACGGUCAUAUAACCUUUACCUCCUCCUGGCGCACGUUAUAUUGUUUGCAUUACUUGGUUGGUUUUUACUUAACUUUUGUUUUGCAAAAAAAUUUUGUUAACGAGUAUCGAUCUGCAGUACUGAUUGAUAUUCUUAUAUUAUACAAGUGGUUUUGGUUGCCACGUAUAAUGUGGCUUAAUUCUGAGCUGUUUCCUGCUGGCGAAUCUAUGAAUUCAGAAAGUAAGGAGGUUCUUUUCAAAAAUCCCUAGAUAACAGGAAUCAUGAAUUGUGGCCAUGCAACCCCAAACUAUGGACCAUAUAGUAAACCAAUUUAUCCUGCGCCCAUUCAACGGAGAUGGAACAGCAAAACGACACAAACCCUCUCCUGAACCCCUCUCGUCUUGGGUAGCAGACCUCUACAUUGGCAUUUAGUUUCUGGACACAAUGUAAUACGCAAUAAUAUAAGCACUUAACAGAGCACAUGGUAGACUGAAGCGUCCAAGGGCACAGGUUCAUCGAUUGUGAACCUUACAGUCACUAGAUGUCUAAAAUGAAAUGUCAAUAAACAACUGACCGAGUAUAACGCAUAGCAAACGUAUGCAGGAUCCUGAACACAUACCAAUAACCCGCCAUUCGCCACUAAGUGACGGUGACGUCACCACGGCGUUUGUGCCAGGCCAGGUGCACUUUGAGACGAUGUAAAGUGUCGAAAGCUCACUUAUAGAGGAGGUGACGGGUUGGCUGACUGAGAUGACUAACAAAUUCAUCAGCCGUACCCCCUACUGUGCCAACGUGCUACAUUUUAGCAGCCCGGCACUCUGCUCGCUGUUGUGAGAGUUACUGCUCCACCCUACGUUGUUGUUGGAGAGCGACUGCCCCCAACUGCCCAGUAGCAUCCUUCACGAGUCUCCUCCAUAGAGGCCGAUCUUGACACCGCUGGUACCGGUCUUCGGCAAUUUCACUCAGCUCAGCUCCGCAUCGUACCGUCCCGCAUCAGUCCAUCUCUUCGCCAGCCUGAAUAAAUACCUGCCGUUUCUCCUAUAUCUGUGCCAUGUCCUCGUCCCGGACAGUUGCUAGGUGUGACGCUAUUCCGUUUGACGACACGUCGCCAGUAGGUCACUGGGGAAACCCAAAAGUCGAUAAAACCUCGGGACAAAAUCGCUCGAAUUGGCAACAGUCUUGUAACAACCCCCAGAGAUUCGAUGAAUUAUGACAAUGGGACUAAAAUACAGUUAGUCCCUCAUUGGUUAACGUUUUUUUCGGUUAACGUUUCGCCUCCCAUGAGACCCCAUAUGGUUUCGACGAACGUUCACGUUUUGAUUAGCGGUCACGUGUUUACGUUGUGCACGCGGAGCGCCAAUUUCGGCCAAUCCGAGCGCUCUUAAGUGGGCCUGAGCCGUGCCCUCGGCCAAUCAGUGACGCCCGUUUAUGAGCCGUUUAGACGUCGAUUGGCUUUGUUUACAUUGCGUUUUAUGUUUUUUAGCAGUGGAAACAGCUCUCUUGUAGACUCAUUGAUUUUUUUAAACGUAUUCUUCGACGUGUAAGUGAACUCGACUACAGUAAUGCGUUAUUAUCGUUUGUCUACUUUCGCUCCAUUACCCUAACGUUUUUCAUAUGCAUUGUAAAUUAAUUGAUCCUUACCCGCACGAUCAGAUGCAUUGUGUAUUUUUUUUUAAAUGGCAAGAAUGUAUUUACGGGAUACCGUACACGAUACAUAAUCACUGUCGCCAUGUAUUGACUAAGUAGCGCCAUCUAGUGGUGUUGAUGGUAGUGCUGAAUGUCUCAAUUUAACAAACCCCACAACUGGCAUGAUGUAUCUUAGUACUGUAUAUUGAUAUACGUUUGAUAAUAAUAUUGAACUUGUUAAAAACCUAUUGAUCUAAUGUUCUCUAUUAUCAAACGUAUACGGUACAUUCUUUUAUAUUGUCAAUAAGCAAACGUUGUUUAUUAGUUAUUUUUAUAUGUACAACAAACGUAACAUUUUUAGUUAGUGAUUGAAUGUUGUCGAUUUCAUGUUAUCGAUAAUUAAGGACAUUAAAUACGUUUAUUAAAUAUGUUGUUGAUUUUUGAACGUGUAGAAAUAAUCAAACAUAGCGUCAAAUAUCAUGCCACAACACGCUGCCAUUUGUGAAUGCAACAAACCCAUCAGCGUUUCUUGCAUAAUCCACAAACGUCUGUGUGUGUUCUACACCAUUGUGUGCGUCUUGUGUGAAAUUCGCGGUUGUCCGGUUUAUUAUUGUGUGCUUUCUCGUCAUUUUACAGAUUAGAUUUCAGUGGUUGAACGGUUAUGGUGAUAUUUGUCCUUAAUGUAAUGUAGUGCAAAGUAUAUUAAAUUCAUGCACGCAAUCCACAUCUUUAUCAUUAUUAUUAUUUACAUGCAUAUGUUCCAUAUUCUCUGUCACUGUUCAUGUAUUGUUUUAAUCCAACUACCAUCGCGGACAAUGAACACGAGUGAAUAAACAAGUUCUUCUUAAGG